AUGCCGGUCACUGCAGUACUAAUUCUUGACUCGCGAGGUCGAUUGCUAAUAGCCCGCGACUUUCGGGGCGAAGUUGACCUUCAGGAAGCAGCGGAGGCUUUCCGCCUCGGACUCGAGCGCAACGCGUGGACGAACGGCAGCGGGGACGCCGCGGGCACCCCACCGCUAGUGCCCGUGAAGAACGGGGCAUACUACUUUGCGACAGUGAAACACAACGAUCUCUACUUUAUCGCGGUUGACGUUUCACCGUACAGCUUCAGCGGGACACUCGUCGCGUUCUUAACGAGUAUGAUUCGUGUUUUUGGAGAGUACUUUGGCAAGGUUGUCGAAGAGUCGAUUCGCGACAACUUCGUUAUCGUGUACGAGCUCCUCGAUGAGAUGGCGGACUUUGGCUACCCUCAGACCACUGAACCGAAAAUUCUCCAGGAAUACGUCGUCCAAGACUAUCAUGUCAUGGAACAGCCCAAGCCACCCAUGGCGUUGACGAAUGCGGUGAGCUGGCGCUCUGAGGGCAUCCAUCAUAACCGGAACGAGGUCUUCCUCGAUGUCAUUGAGACCGUCAAUAUGGUUAUUGGACCCCAAGGUAACGUCUUGCGGGCAGGCAUCCAUGGCAGCAUCGUUGUGAAAUGCUUUCUUUCCGGAAUGCCGGAGCUGAACCUCGGGCUCAACGAAAGCAUCCAGAUCGAGCAGCGCGGCAGCGGUGCGAGCGGCAGCGCUGGCACCACGCCGCCGAACACCGGCGCCAUCGAGCUGGAAGAUGUCAAGUUUCAUCAAUGUGUCAAAUUACCCAGGUUUGAAACGGAGCGCGUCAUCUCCUUCAUUCCUCCGGAUGGCGAGUUCGAGCUCAUGAGUUACCGGGUGGCGAAUCCGACGCUGCGGCCGCUCUUCUCAGCGGAUGCCGCAAUGGAUAUGGCUUCCCAUCGAAUCGAUUAUUUGGUUCGGGCUCGCUCGCUUUUCAAGGCGGGACUCACCGCGAACGACGUUUCCAUCUGGGUACCGGUCCCGGAGGAUGCUGAUUCACCAAAAUUUCAGGUGAGCUCGGGUCGUGUCAAGUACGCUCCCGAGAAGGAUGCACUGCACUGGCGGAUGAAACAGUUUCCUGGCCAACGCGAGAACAGCUUGCAAGGCUAUUUUCGCUUGCCCUCGGUUGCCAAUGCUGCCAGUAGAAACUCAGUGGUGAGAAGACCCAUUCAGAUCCAGUUCGAGAUUCCAUAUUUUACGAUCAGUGGCAUGCAAGUGCGGUAUCUGAAGGUUUGGAGCCGCGAGGGCUACACCUCCUACCCCUGGGUCCGCUACAUCACCAGAGCGAGCGACUACGAAAUACGACUCAGUUGA